AUGGAUGAAACUCACUCUAUUUUUAGAAGUGCCACCUUUCCUUGUUUCAUUUGGCAACAUCCGCAACCUGUGAUGGCUGACCUGAUAAUUGGAGUACCUGGGGGUAUUUAUAGGCCCGCGGAAGAAGUGGAAGACUAUGCCGGUGGCACGACCUUCUGCAUGGACGUCGGAAAGAUAAGGAUGGAGAAACAGCCGGUGAUACUUCCGCAAUACGAUUCAGAGACAUAUUUCAAGUUGAUAAUGCCCAGGAGCUACCAAAUGUUCUUCGGAAAUAGAGAAUUAGAAUCAACAAUGUCAAAUCAACAACUGGAUUUAAGAGAGAGGAUCCUACAUUUCGGUUCAUUUCCCAUAAUUUCAUGUCGGAGAUUUCGAAUUCGACGGGAAGAGAUCUUUCACUCGCAAAUGGGUCAACGCAAAUGGUCCGCCACUUUUUCAAAUGGGUCAACGCAAAUGGUCCGCCACUUUUUCAAAUGGGUCAACGCAAAUGAUAGCUUCAAAUACCGGUCUCAGCAACCAGACACUUUCAAAUCUUGUUUUUCAAGGCCAGUGCUACUGUUUCCGCAGAUUUUCUACCUCUGUAUGGAUGGAUUCGACAUUAUGACUCUUUCAAACCAGAAGAUAAUUGCCAUAAAAAUGAAGACUGAUAGACAGAGAAAGAAGAUUCGAACCAAGUUGAAUGACGAUCCAGAGCGGCUUCUAUUCCAAAUCAAGAUCGCAAGACCAUACCACUGUUUCAGAAGGGGAUGCCAGUGGACAAGAAACCGAAUGAGGUUAAAAAUUGUCCCAAGAAGAAAUGUUCAAUCAUCAACUUCUGCGGAAUCAUCUCGAAUGCUUGGACUACCACAAUCGCCUCAUGGAUCACCGGCUGGCGGACAUUCACUUCAAAAAACUCCGCAUUGCGCCAUCGCUGUUGGUCGGGAAUCAGCCAAUGUGGGCGGCAUUUUGAGCUUGAGACCCGCACAGUUUAGAAUACAGCCGCCACGUUACCUACGAUCACCACGACCACGAGCUACAAACUCAUAUCCGCAAAAUUCUUGUGAAAUCGAGAGCUACAUUGAAGGGCAUUUCCAAAGAUCCAUGGAUGGUGGGAGGAGAGGCACAAGUGAAGGAAAUCAAGAAACCAAAAAUCCCGAAACAGUCAAAGUUCUCGAAACAGUGGAAAGAGAAAGCCUGAAGAGAGAAAGCAAGAGAAAGAAGCUACCGAAAAUGCAGAAGAUUUACUCUAUUCUAUUCCAAUACUCUAAAAAUGAACGAAAAUCGAUUUUUGAACCGGUUUUUGAAGCCAAACGUCGUUCAAAUCGGCCCAACAUGAUUGAAAGAAAAAAAAAUUACACUGUUUCAAUGUUUACAAUUUUUCUGACCAAGCUAUUCCUAAAAAAUCAGCAGCUGAAAGAGGAUAAUGAGAAGAAAGUUCCAGACGAGAAUCGAGAGACUAUUCCAGAAGAGGACAAAAAGGAGGUGACCGUGGAGGAGAUGAAGGAAUACCGAGAAGCAUUAUCUAUGAGAGCAGCCGUCCAAGCAUUCGAGGAACAGAGUAUUAGACACAAGGAGCAACAAAUGAUCACCAAAAAAUGUGAAGGGAUUCUGUGCUUCAAUAAAGAAGCUGAAAGGAAAGAAGCACUCGAACUCGCUGGUGGUCCCGUUCGACCACCGGGAGCCAAAAGAGCAAAGAAGGCAGAUGGCUCCUGCAACAUGUUUUUGGCUGCAGUCUUUGGAACAUUCCAGGAGCUUUGCUUCACUGAAGUCGGACCAACACUCCUAGAACUAUUUGGAAGGACGGGCCGCAAAACAUAUCUGGCAAGAGAAGAACUCUUUAUUAAAACACUUUUUACCGACCAAGGCAAAAUUCUCAAGUUCGAUGGGUAUUAA